GAUUUGAACAAUCAAACAUUCAUAUUUUAAAGUCGAGAGCCAUGUAUUUUCUAGAAACCAAUUACACUCAUCGAGGAAUCGUUGCGAAAAAUUCCAAAAAACCGUCAAAAACGGAAGAAAAUAAAAUGUCAAUGAAAUUUGAGGCUGGAGAUCAUUUGUGUGCGUCGAGUUCUAGUGGGAAUGUUGUAAAAGAAACUGUUAUUUCGUCAACGAACGAUUGUGCUGUGUCUGGUGUAUCUCCAAUUGUUAAUGAAUUCGUUGACGAUCUGUUUAAUCACGUGUCGUUUUACUUAAACAUCGACGAUGUCAAUUUUGAUAAUACCGAACUAGAGCCAGCGAUGAGAGUUAAAGGUUUGUCCAUGUCCAGUAUCAAUAUCGCUGUCACCAAUAUUCACGAACAGCAGGAAUGUGAACAAGAUGGGACAAACAAAGUGAAGAAAAUCGAAUUGGAAGACGACUCAUGGUGGUCGAUUUUUAAGCGGAAGAUUGCGUGGCCAUUCAAAUUGUUCAAAUUUAAACAUUAAAUUAAGUUCAAUUCCUU